CGUACGCCCUUGAUCCAUCGAUUGGAGUACCGACGACGAUGCAUGCACGCAUGGAUGGAUCACGCCACUCGCCGUGGUGAUCUACGCGGCGCACGGCACAGGGGCGGCACGCGACUCCUCCCGUCCUCACGAAAACGUCGAAACGUACGCUCCCCUUGACCGCAACGCGACACGAUCCCCACGCUAGCUACGCCUCCCCCUGCCGCCCGCGCGCGCGCACACGCGCUACGGCCCACCCAUCGCCCACCUCCUCACACUCCCAUGCACGCUUAAAAACCACGCACCCGCGGCCGCUCGCAGGCAGCAAACGCAUCACAAACGCGAGCGGGCGAGCCGAGCGAGCGCGACCAAAGUCAGAGCAAGCCAUGGAGACGACGACGACGACGUUGGGCGGCGGCGGCGGCGGGCGGGCGGGAGGCUUCUCCGAUCCGCCGUCUCCGCUCUCGCCGCCGCUGUCGCCGGCCUCGGCGGCGGCGGCGGCGCUGGCGAACGCGCGGUGGACGCCGACCAAGGAGCAGAUCGCGGUGCUGGAGGGGCUGUACCGGCAGGGGCUGCGCACGCCGACCGCCGAGCAGAUACAGCAGAUCACGGCGAGGCUCCGGGAGCACGGCCACAUUGAGGGCAAGAACGUGUUCUACUGGUUCCAGAACCACAAGGCCCGGCAGCGGCAGAAGCAGAAGCAGCAGAGCUUCGACUACUUCAGCAAGCUGUUCCGCCGCCCGCCGCCGCUGCCCGUGCUCCACAGGCCACUCGCGCGGCCCUUCCCUCUCGCCAUGGCGCCGACGGCGAUGCCACCGCCGCCGCCGCCGCCGGCGACGACGACGACGGCCGCAUGCAACGCCGGUGGUGUGAUGUUCAGGACGCCAAGCUUCAUGCCGGUCGCGACAAAUAACGCCAGCUACUACCCGCAGCAGCAGACGCCGUUGCUGUACCCAGGGAUGGAAGUGUGUCCGCACGACAAGUCCACGGCGCAGCCACCGGCCACCACCACCAUGUACCUGCAGGCACCGCCGAGCAGCGCACACCUCGCGGCGGCGGCUGGCCGCGGCGCGGCGGAAGCGGAAGGCCAUGGCCGCCGCGGCGGCGGCGCCGGUGGGCGCGAGACCCUCCAGCUGUUCCCCCUGCAGCCCACCUUCGUGCUGCCGGAUCACAAGCCGCUCCGCGCCGGGAGCGCCUGCGCCGCCGUGUCCCCGACGACGCCGUCCGCGUCCGCGUCGUUCUCGUGGGAGUCGGAGAGCUCGGACAGCCCCAGCAGCGAGGCGCCUCCGUUCUACGACUUCUUCGGCGUCCAUUCUGGAGGCCGCUGAGCGUGAAGGUGAGAGUGAGUGAGCGUAGAGUGGAGUGGAGUGGAGUGGAAGUUGAUAUCUUCAUGAGUGGACGAACCCGUCGUGCUUUUUGAAACUUAUCUGCAUUGUUGCAUCGAUCAUUGCAUGGUUUAAUUGGUUAAGGGAUUGGAAGGUGUACUGCUUCAUCAACUUGAAGUGUUUCAUUGGAAUGGAAUGAUGCAUGUUUUGAGGCGGCUGUGCUCUCACAAUUU